AUGUACUGCAGACUGAGGCUCGUGAUUUUUUGGUGUAUCGUAUUACCUGGAUGUCUAACUUACAUCGACGUAUUUACAGAUGCAAGUCUGAUCCAGCAUGUGGAUGUUGGCGUCCUGAGGAACGACCCUCCCCCAGCCGCGGCUAACUUCGAGGACUGCUCUGAGCUCUAUCCCCUACUCUACUGGACCAACACUGUGCAUGAUGGGGUCUAUCCUAUCAAACCACGAUCUUCAACCGACCACUUUGACGUCUUCUGUGACAUGACUACAGAUGGUGGGGGCUGGACUGUCAUACAGAAGAGGUUUAGUGGGAGACUCAACUUUGAUAGGUACUGGGCAGACUACAACAAAGGGUUUGGGAAUGUCGAGGGGGAACACUGGCUUGGACUGGAUAAGAUUCACAACCUGACAGCCCAGAAUAGCUAUGAGUUAUAUGUGGAGUUAGGAGACUUCGAAGGAAACUUUGCACACGCUAGAUAUGAUACCUUCAACAUUGGGGAUGAGAGUACAGAUUAUACACUGCACAUUGGGGGGUACAGUGGGGAUGCUGGGGACUCUUUGGAGCACUACCAUAAUGGGAUGAAAUUCAGUGCUAGAGAUGCGGAUAGGGACAAUGAUGUGGGUACUUACCACUGUGCUCAGUUCCAUUCAGGCGGCUGGUGGUAUAAUGCUUGUGCUGCGUCUUCCCUGAACGGCCCCUACUACCAGCCAGGGGAGUAUCAUGGUUCUGACACAGGGUAUGGCAUGUGGUGGUAUGCCUGGAAACAUGAACACUUCUACACACUGAAAACCACCAAGAUGAUGGUGCGGCCUCGAAACUAUAACCGCAAUCUGUGACUUUACAGCUGAUCAUACAAAGCUUUAGAAUUUACCAUAUGCAUGGCCCAUGCAACAGUUCUGUAUCAAUAUGAUUAGUAAAGACUACAAGUUUAUACAUACAUUGUACAUGAAUGUACUGAUGUACGUUAGAUGAAAAUGGAAUAUCAUGAUAACUGGUGAAUACAAAGAAUAUUGUUGUGACAUUAAGUGGCUCUGUGAUAUUUACAUAUUCGACUUUUCAAAUGCACUGCUUUAUCUUG